UGUCUUCAGGUGCUUGUGGGGUCGUCAGUGAACGGGUUUGGACUGGACACGAGUGACGCAGACAUGUGUCUGAUAGUGUCCAACUCUCUGAUUGACCGACCAGCGGGACUGGGCACUGCUCAUCCGCACGGAAGUCAUGCUGGUCUGUCUGCGGACUGGUGUAUGAAUGUGCCUGCCAAGAUCCCCUUGGUCAAGUUGACCAACGUGCGCACUGGUAUCAACUGCAACAACACAGUCGGCCUGCUCAACACUCGACUCUUGCGCGCCUACGCGGACCUGGACUGGGAACUGUGUUGCUGUCGAUCUAGACCCUGCUGAGUGCUCCGAAUCCAGACGAUCGAUCCUUUGCGAAAUGACAUGGCGGAAUUGUGGAAAGUGAACAAGGCUGAGGCUUCGCACAUUGCUCGG